GGAAAUACAACUCCGUAUUUCCUUGCGUAUGCACGAUCUGUCCUAAUCCAAUCUCUUCUAUCUAAUAUUCAUCCAUUUAUUAAUUUUUUUAGUUGCCCCAUGUUUUCACCUACCCUACUCUAACCGGAAUCUCAACUUAGAACGGUUAUGAUAAAACGUGUGUUUGCGAGUGUUUGUGGAAUUUUUGUGUUCUUCACCCCACCAAAUCUGAAUUCCCAACGCCUACCAAUAUAUAAGACUUCCCAAGCACACAGAGACACAAUACAGAGAGGUAGCAUCACCCCGAGGCAUCACAAGUCCUCUCCUCCCCUGCUGUCUUCCCCUCUUCUCCUGUUGUGUGCAAGGAACCCAAGGGAGGAGGGAGAGGUGAAAGCAAGAAACUUUCUUGAAGAAGAUGGGAGUACAGAGGUACAGGUUCUUCUGCUGCGGCUGUGGCGCCAAUGCGGCGGCUGGCGACCGGGAGGCUGAGGAUGAUUCGGACUAUUCCGGCGCCGGGGGGCUCGAAGAGAAGGUUGAGAAGAGUUGUGAAGCCGGGGCGCGGCGGCUGUCGUGGGCGCAGGUGGAGGUGAUGACGGGCGCGUUCACCUCGGCCGUGGUCGGCGAGGGCGGGUUCAGCACCGUGUACCUCGCCCGCCUCUCCGGCGCUCUCGCGGCCGUCAAGGUCCACCGCAGCAGCGAGCGCCUCCACCGCGUGUUCCGCCAGGAGCUCGACGCGCUCCUCCGCGUCCGCCACCCGCACAUCGUCCGCCUCCUCGCCUUCUGCGACCAGCAAGAGGAAGGCGUGCUGGUGCUGGAGUUCGCGGCGAACGGGAACCUUCACGAGCGGCUCCACGGCGGGGGCAAGGCUACGGGGACGAUGCCGUGGGCACGGCGCGUGUCGGUGGCGCUGCAGGUGGCGCGGGCGCUCGAGUACCUGCACGACCGGUGCGAGCCGCAGGUGGUGCACGGUGACGUGAAGGCCUCGAACGUGCUCCUGGACGCGUCCAUGUCUGCCAAGCUCUGCGACUUCGGGUCUGCGGUGACGGGGUUCUCGGCCGCCAUCCGGCCGCGGUCGUCCGCGCGCACCAUGCUCGGGUCCCCGGGCUACAUCGACCCGCACUACAUCCGCUCGGGUGUCGUCACCAAGAAGAGCGACGUGUACAGCUUCGGUGUCCUGCUCCUCGAGCUCCUCACCGGCACGGAGGCCUUCUGCGCGGAGGAGGGCCGCCUCCUGACCGCCGUCCUCAAGCCGCGGCUCAGGGCCAGCACCCCGUGCGACGCGCGCGGGCUGGUCGACGAGAGGCUGGGCACCGCCUACGACCCCGCGGAGGCCGACGCGGUGGCGGCGCUGGCCGCGUCCUGCGUCGGCGAGAAUCCCAGCCUCCGGCCGUCCAUGGCUGACGUGGUGCGCACCCUCGAGCAGAGCGCGCAAGGCUCCAUCUCCGCCGUCGGGAAGAGAUCGGACGGCAGGGAAAAUGUGUGAGUCACGAGGAAAGUCGUCGCGUCCUCCGAGGCGCUCAGAUCUGGCUUGCUGAGUUGUGUUGGUGAUGUGAGUCGCACACGUGGCGCCCAGCUAUUGUGUAGGGGGAAACAAAGCGUUAUUAUUGGGCGAGCAUAUAAAAAACGAAUCAAAAAAGGAGAAAAAAGCGUGGGAAAAAGCGUUUAUUUAGGAAAAUCUUUGGGGGUGGGGGGAGAAAAAUGCAGGGUUUGUGUGCUGAUGGGGAAUUUCGAUCAUAUUAUGCCAAAGCGGUGAUUUGGGAUGGAGAAAAAAUGGAUUGUCCAUUACACGAUUCUAAGGUUUUUUUCAUUCUUAAUUUCUUUUCUUUUGUUUUUUUUUUGAAAAUACUCUGCAUAUUCUUGGUCAAAAAAAUGUAGUCUGAAUUCCUACCUUCGUAAUCAAUCGAAGGUACACCACAUUGCUGACCAAUUCAUAUUAGUAAAACAUAAAUUUAUUUUCUGAGA